UCUCUGCUUGCUCCAGGUCCUCGUCCGUGUUAGGCUUAGCUUGCACACACUCACACAUGGGAUACAUGUAUUGUUCGUGAAUCCGUUUCGACCUUUGGCCUGCGUCGUUGGCGCACAUCACCUCGCACGAUGCCGAUUCAGCCCCCCUCGUGGUUGAGCUGGUACAAGAAGCCAGAGUAUCGCGACAUCAAGGAGUAUGCCGCCAAUGUCAGCUCCGGACGACGCCCCGUGAGCCCGGAUGGCCGCAACGGAGGCAUCCCCAGCCGGCUGCGGCUCGACCGCAUCCUGGCAAACAAGACAUGCAGUCCAAUGUCGUUGUACGACUUUUACAUGUAUCUGCAGUACGUUGAGUACUCGGCCGAGAAUCUCGAGUUCUACAUGUGGUUCAAGAGCUACGAAGCUGCUUAUGCCCGAGGACUGGUAAUCGAAAACAAGAACUACGGUGCCAUUCCCAGCGCCGCUCAGUCCACCUCAUCCGUAUCCCAGGUCAGAUCCGGCGACAGCGCCAUCUCCAUCGAGAAGCACGACACCGAAGACGAUGACGACGACAACAGCGAAGCAGCCAAAGAAACCCUCGCGCGCAUCUCCCAACUAAUCUCCACCACCGCGCUCUGCACCUCCAAAUCCGCCUGCGCCGACGCCGCCCGCGCCUCCUUCUCCUCGCCCCAACCCACCAACCCCCACCAACCAUUCACCACCACCACCACCACCAGCACCACCACCAAACCCACCCCAACAACCGAGCUCUCCACCAUCACCACCCUCUUCCUCCUCCCCAACGCGCCCAAAGAACUCAACAUCCCCCCAACCCUCCGCAGCGAGGCCCUCGCGGCGCUCGCCGCCGCCGCCUCCUCCAACCGCCCGGCCUCCCCCGACGUCCUGCGCCCCGUGGCCGAGCACGCCUACACCCUAUUACGCAACUGCUCGCACCGCAACUUUGUGCGCCUGGGCGUCGGCAACGGCACCUUCGAGACGGUCUGCGUGGCGACGGUGUUGGGGUGGACGCUCCUCCUGGCGGGGUUUUUGUUGGUCGCCUGUCGCGCGGCGCUGCCGGUCAGGGGUGCGCAUGCGAGGUGGGAGGUGUUUGCGGCGUGGCCGCUGUGGUGGUUGGGGAUGAGUUUGGUGCUGUCCGGGUUGAGGGGGAGUUGUUUUUUCUUGUUGCUGUUUUCGAGGAGGCAGCGGUUGCCGUGGGAGCGGUUUGAUGGUGGGGGGGAGAAGAGGGGGGGGAGUGAGGAGAGGGGGAGGACGGGGGGUGGUGGGGGGUUGAGGGAGAAUACGACGGUUGGGGGGGGAGGGUUUAGUCUGUGGCGGUCGGUGAGACGGUUGAUGAUCUUUGAUCGGAGGAUUCGGGUGCAGGAGAGGCAUUUGAGGAGGUUGCAGAGGAAGAUUGUUGUGCAGAGCCUGACGGGUGGGGCCAUCUUUGCGACGUUGUGUGUGGUGUUGUUUAUCUGGUUGCCGGUCUGGAGGGAGACGGUGUAAGGGGUG